ACAGAUAUAUUGGCUGAUUUUUUUUACACAACAUCAACAAAUCGUCAGGAAAAACACACAACAUUGUGACAUUUCCCUGUCUGAGGAUAGCUCUUUCAGUUUUGUGUGUGUAGUGAGUCAUCUGUUGUCAUAGAUGCUCUCUGCAGUGAGUCAUCUGUUGUCAUAGACGAUCUCUGCUCCCCCUCCGGUCCGCCAGCGGCCGCUGUUUUUCCUCGUGCGCACGUCGACCGCCGUUAAACCGUUAAACGGAGGAAACAGGAACCGACGGGAGAUCACGGGGCGGUUUGUGACCAGAAAUCACGUCUGUAUUCAUCCGGAGAGAAAAUCCUCCGGGACAGCAGCGGGGAUCCGUCACUCCUGAAGCCGGGACUGGAGCUCUGCCCGCCGGGGAGAGCCGCAGAGUGACGCGGUGUUUGUCCGGAGAGAGGCCGGCGGAGUGAGGGGGAGCAGCGGGGGACAGAAAGAUGGAGACUCCGGCGUGAACGUUUGUCUCAGCUUGAAUCAAACGGACGGAAACUCAGCCGGGAAGCUUCCAGAGUCAUGGCUCAGUCCCUGUUUGACCUCUCGGCCAACGGGCGCAUCAUGGCCGGCCUGCUGGUCAACCUGCUGUCCUCCAUCUGCAUCGUCUUCAUCAACAAGUGGAUCUACGUCCACUACGGCUUCCCCAACAUGACGCUGACCCUGGUGCACUUCGUGGUCACCUGGCUGGGACUCUACGUCUGCCAGAAGAUGGACGUCUUCUCCCCAAAGAGCCUGCCGCUGCGCAGGAUCGCCUGGCUGGCUCUGAGCUUCUGCGGCUUCGUGGCGUUCACCAACCUGUCGCUGCAGAACAACUCCAUCGGGACGUACCAGCUGGCCAAGGCCAUGACCACGCCCGUCAUCAUCCUCAUCCAGACCUCCUACUACAAGAAGACCUUCUCCACCAAGAUCAAACUCACGCUGGUGCCGAUCACAUUGGGGGUGAUUUUGAACUCGUACUUUGACGUGCGGUUCAACCUGCUGGGGACGGUGUUUGCGUCUCUGGGUGUUUUGGUGACAUCGCUGUACCAAGUGUGGGUGGGAGCCAAACAGCACGAGCUGCAGGUGAACUCCAUGCAGCUCCUCUACUAUCAGGCUCCUCUGUCCUCCGGCUUCCUGCUCUGCGUCGUCCCCCUGUUUGAGCCGCUCACUGGAGACGGAGGAAUAUUUGGACCCUGGUCUCUGCCUGCUGUGGUGACGGUGCUGUUCUCAGGUGUGGUGGCGUUCCUGGUCAACCUGUCGAUCUACUGGAUCAUCGGAAACACGUCGGCCGUCACCUACAACAUGUUUGGUCAUUUUAAGUUCUGCAUCACUCUGAUUGGAGGAUACCUGCUCUUCCACGACCCGCUGUCCCUCAACCAGGCGUUGGGGAUCCUGUGCACGCUGGCGGGCAUCCUGUCUUACACUCACUUCAAGCUGGCGGAGCAGGAGGAGGGAAAGAGCCGCCUCGCUCAGAGACCGUGAAGCCGUCAGCUGCACAGACGGCUCCGUACAUUUUUUAUUUCAUUCAGAGUAUUUUUCAGGAGAGCGAAGAUUUUCAUCGUGGCUCUCCGACACGUCGACACAUCUUCUGCUCGUCACGCUCCUCCACUUUUUUAAUGUUUAACCCUUUCAAACCUGGGGUUUGAUUUCUGUCAAAUACAGAAGGCAAGAAGGCAACGAGCGACUUAACACACGGCCCAAAAAUGAUCAAAGAGUGAGUAAAGUUACAUGAAAAAUACCUGAAAAAAAGCAACAACAAAAAAAACUGAAAAA